CGCCCUGUUGAGAAUCGAACAGCACGUUCCCCCCGUUGCAGCUCCACACGUGGCUGCUCUUUUGUUCCCCUGCAUCGUGGCCUUGCUUGCCUUGGCCUCAGCCUCUACCUCCAUUUGUCAAUGAUGUGCAUUUGCUUUCCCCACGGCCAAAGUCGCUUCUCAGCUCGAUUCCUGGUAGAGGGAGCCAGAGGGACAGCUCAAUCCGAACCCGCCACCGUCAACCCCCAUCCGGCUCCCGUCCAAUCUGCCAUCGACGAUCCAGGAUGAUCUCCAUGUCAACCGCGAAGUCCAACGUCUAGCUUCCCUCUCCCGUAGCGCAGGCAUCCUGCUACAAUCUCUACUCACCUGGACUUCUCCCAUCCCUCAUUUUGCUUCCUAGAUUUCCUUGUUAGGCAAUAUUUCUUCACCUCCAGCUACCGCCCUCAACCCGGUGUGCAUGCUGAUGUGGAGGUCUCCCUUGUGUCUUUCCAACGUCCAGGGCGCGUCUUGGGAAUACUCAGGUUCAGCAACCUCUGAUCCACCACCCUCCUUUACGGACCGAUUUGUGCUCGGACGUCGCACGCCACUCGCUGGUUGGAAUUGGCACUCCUUCCGUCUCUGCCAUGUCGGUUUAAUCGUCUCCGCGACCUGUUCCUCUGUUCCCAUUCGGCCGCAUUGUUGUGGUCAAACCAACAACUGUGUUGAGCAUUGAAGAGCUAGAGAGGCAACAAGGUGCAUCCAAUGGGCUGUUGUACCGUAUCCUUUCGCCAUCGCGCGAUUUGAGCGACCCGAAGCAGAAUCACAUCCCAAACAUCCUAUUGGCGGAAGACGAAGACACAAUGACUGGUCAAAGUGAUCAAGAUGCGGAUUCCAAACCACUCAGACCGCGCCUUACUAUUCGUGAGCUUCGAGAGGCUGCUCAAAAGGAAACUCGAGCAAUCCAAGCCAACAAGGCGGCUCAAGGCUCGCAGGAGGCACGACGCAAGUCCAGUUCAACGCCACAGAAAAAGCCCUCUAUUCUCGGCGGCUUAUUUCAAGUUCGAGAGCCGACCCAAAUUGCCUUGAACCAAGUUGCCACCCAGAUGAUUGCCCAGCAUGGGUCAACGAGCGCCACCAAGGUUCCCAACGUGAGGUUGGAGAAGAUGCCGGACUUUGUCCCCAAAGUCAAUUCGAAAUGGGACGGAGUCCCAGAGAGCGUGAAGCAAAGAGAACGGCGAGAGAAGGAAAAAGAAAAGGAACGAAACAAGAGAGAGACCUUUUUCUCCACAGACUCGAAGGAUCGCAGUGAAGAUGGCAAAGAUAAAACGCGUAGGAACAUGGGGUGUCGAAACUCGAGCUCAACGACCGGAUCUUCCUUUGGUGCUCACGGCAACUCAAGUGGUUCCCAGGGCGCUUCUUCACGUACGCGAUUUUAUCCGCAGUCGAUCAACUCUUCUGGUGAUCUGGCGUCGCAGCAAAGAACCGACGCAUCAAUCUUCUCCCCUCCUCUAACAUCGUCAUCCGCUCUAAGUUUGACGGAAAGCCUCCCCGACACGCUCUCCAAUCUGCGCCGUGGACGCAGCUCGGUCGGUACAAGCUCAUAUUGUCAACAUGGCAAAGACAUGACAACGGAAUCUCGAAUUCCCUUGGACAAGGGCCAACUACCUCCCACUUGUGCGACAUUCGCAGGAUCAACGACCAUGGAAUACGAGUCUCUCGGCUCCCCGGCUCCCAGUCGAUAUUUUGGGGAAGGAGAAGGAUCUUCCAGGCUGCUUGCCCACGUUGGUUUUGAAUUUGAGCCUCGCCUCGCCAACGCUCAGAUGGGAAUUUCUCGGUCCCAUUCUAUACCCACCGCCAAAUCCUUUCCAUUGCAACCAAUCUUGCCGCUUGGAAGUUCCCAAGCCCCAUUUUCGGCUUCUCCAUCGCCCCCCCAAUCGCUCUCGCCGUUACGGCAGGGCGUAAAUGACAUGACUAGUUUACAGGCGGCUCUGUCGUUGUCUGAACCUGGCUUGCUGAGGCCGCCAGCUUUGGUUAAGAAGAAAUCAGGAGCAAAAUUCAACAACGCUUUCCUGGCGGGAGAGGCUGAGGAGCUGGUGUUACCCGAUGAUGUCGGUCAUCGCGGCAACGCAGAUCCAGCAGGCCAAACCUCGGAGUCUUGUCGAUCGCGGAUCCAACAAGAUCUGGAGAAACGACCCGACAGCUCUCGGGAACGCCUUGGAUUGAGGGCGAGCAUGCUUUUCAGUGACGACAAGACACCUUGGGAAUUACGGGAGACGACUUCGCCGUCACCAUCGAGUUCCCCGCCCGCGGGACAUGUGCCAAGCACAAAGACCAAAUUCCAUAAGCCCUUUGGCAGGAUUGGUAGAGAGAAGGAGAAAUGGAAGGCAACGGUAUAAGUUGGAGUUAGGGAUAUCAUAGUCGUUGGGGGCAUCUGAAGGAUACAGCUUUCAUGAUCUAUUGGGCCAUUCAUGAUCAAUGUCGAGUUCAGCACUGCUCUCUCUUUGGGCAUGGUUACGAAUAAUGAAGUUUUCGAGCGCAUUUCAUGUAUAGGAUAAGAUACCCUGAGGAGAUAUUUUGGUGUUGCAUGCAAUGUUAGCGACAUGAAACCAGACAUGUAUGUUCAGUCUUGGGCAAUAUGGUCAAGUGGUUUCAAUAGAACGAUGCUGAUGCGACG